UUGGUUCACGGAGGAGCGUGGGCAGUUCCUGAUAGUUUACGAGAUGCAGUUAACUGUGGGAUUCAAAGAGAAGUACGAAAAGGUUAUAAAGUUCUCCUGGAAAAAGAUUCUGCAUUAGAUGCCAUAGAAGAAGUUGUUCGAGCCUUGGAGGAUGAUCCAUGUUUUAAUGCAGGAACUGGUUCUGUUUUGACUGUUAAUGGUGAUAUAGAAAUGGAUGCCAUGAUAAUGGACGGCAGAGGUCUGCAGACAGGGGCAGUAACAUGUGUACAAAACAUUAAAAAUCCUGUUUCUUUAGCUCGACUGGUUAUGGAAAAGACUGAUCAUACUCUGCUUGCUGGAAAGGGCGCUAAUCGGUUUGCUGAAAAGCAAGGUGUUCAGCAAGUGAGCAAGGAACAGCUUAUUAGCAAGACGGCAAUUGAGAGAUUGGAAAAAUAUAAGAAGUAUAGCCUAGCAGUCAGUGAUCUUUUCAGAGAAGGCAAAGGUCAUGACACUGUUGGGGCUGUAGCAGUGGAUUCGUUGGGCAAUGUCGCUUCGGCCACGUCCACAGGUGGAAUCACUGGAAAAGAAGCUGGAAGAGUCGGUGAUUGUCCAUUAGUAGGUUGUGGUGAAUAUUGUGAUAACAAAAUUGGCGCAGUGUCAUCAACUGGACACGGCGAGUCCAUCAGCAGGGUGGUCCUAGCUAAAACUAUCAUUAUGUACAUGCAACAAGGAUUGAGCUCUCAAGAAGCAGCUGAGAAAGCAUUGUCUGUCAUGACCCAAAGAGUUCAAGGGUCAGGAGGUGUAAUAGUGGUCAGCAACACCGGUGACAUAGGAAUUUCGUUUACAACUGAGCGAAUGUCCUGGGCAUCAAUGCAGAAUGAUCAGUUGUGUUACGGACUGGAUCCUGGUGAAAAUAAUAUUGCUACAAUAAGCAAUAUAUGAAACUUGUUAUGCUGUUCGAAUGUUCAAUAUUUAAAGGCUCCUAUAAAUUUAAUGCCAUUAUUUUUUAAAAGAUUGUUAAAUUUUAAAGUAGAUACAAGUAUAUUUUAGUCAUUUCAAUACAAUUAAAAGCAAAUAUGUCAAUUGUCUUAAAACAAAAUUGCAAUUCUUUUAAAGUUGACAUUUAGAAAUACUCACCAAAUUCUUGUAUGUAACUAUAUAAAUGUCAUUUAGUGGAUUUUAUGUAAAUAUACCAUAUAUUCUCGCGUAUAAGGCGAUCUGCAUUUAAGACGAUUCUAGAGUUUGAAAAGAUUUUUUUUUUAUGGCGGCGUGUAAGACGACCCUCUGUUUCACCUUCGAAAUUCCUACUUUUUGCUGCUUUUUAUGGUCUUUCGCAUCUAGGUGGCAAAAAAACAGAGCAUCAAAUUUCACUGCAUCUAAAAUUGUGUUCAUUCAGCUUUAGUAGCUCAUCUUAAAUUUUUAAUUUUUAAUUUGCAUGUUAUGGAAAAUCCGAAUAAAAAAAUGUGUAUGUAUUGCGCAAUGUAAGACAUCCCAUCUUUCGAUCGUAAUUUGCUUUUUUAAGUUUCAUUAUACAAGAAUACAGAGUAAUUAAACUUCAUACCUAUUUCAAUCGGUGAAUCAAUGAAUUAAAGAUUUUUUUUCAAAAGAAUUAUUGCGUUGUAGGUAAAUGAAACACUAAAAUGAUUUGUUAAUUACUUUUUUAAUGUACAAAAUAUAGCCUAGAAUUUUCAUCAUCAAUAUUUGUAUGUAGCAGUUUCCCCAUGUUGUGUACUUAUAAUAAAGAUCAUUUUAUUUAAAAAAAUAUA